AUGGAGGUCUCAGAGAGGGGAGGAAAUGGACUGUGCCAAGUGGAGAAAGUGGGCCCAGAAGAAGGUCAGACUAGAGAGAAAAUAAGCAUGGGAGAGUGGAAGUGCCCAGCUGGGUAUGGCACAGCCAGCCAGACAACAGAGAAUGAGUAUUUGCUCAGCAAGGUGAAGGAGGCAACCCCUUUGAAGAACAGUUCGAGUAUCAUACCAUCUGGACAUUUGCUUAUCCGCUACACUGAUGGCCUUGAUCAAGACACCUUCAAAAUUGUGAGCUAUUACAUUGAUGCUAGCAGUAGAAGUGUGAAUGACCCAUCUCUUUUAGAUUAUCACUCUUUGUCUUUACAGUGCAAGGAGUUUCUGAGACCCUUUAAAAAAUCUCUUCGGAAACUGGAUUUGCCCAAAGAUCUUCCCAAGGACAAAAAACUGAAGUACACGAAGAAAAACUUGACUACACUUGGGGAUCACAUCAAUAUGUUUCUUCAGCAUUACUGCAAAUCCUGGGAACUCAAACACUGGAAGAAGAUGCUGUGGAGAUUUGUCUCUCUUUUCUCAGAACUUGAUGCAAAACACCUGCGCAAACUGUACAAAUAUAGUAAGAGCAACCAAAUGGCUAAGUUUCUGAAAUUGUACUGUAGCUCAGAAAACCCUGAUUCAGUUCCAGUACCCGAAAACACCAAGUUGACCAAGCUGUAUGAUGCAUGGGGCCUCCAUGGAGGCAUAAAUAAUAUGCAAGAGAAGCUGAGUCAGAUCCAGUCACAGCCAUCGCAAAUGAGCCUACGGGGUGACUCAGAGGCAGCAAAUAGGACAAAGAAGAGGCUCUGUAACACCACUUCAAACACCAACAAAACAAGAGAGCACCUGACAAACACGGCUCCAUCAGCAAGCCUUAUGGACAAAAAGCACCAUCAGUGCCUCAAUAGUCAAGGGAUUUCCCCACACUCAGCAGCUCUUAAGAACUAAAAAAUUCCACAAAACAACUAAGUAU